CCAUAAGAAACCGAACCACCUGUCCACGACCUCGAAAGUAAAUCGCAAGCUAGGGUUCCGGCGCGCCUCCUCCCGGACGCGAGGGCUGGCCAUGGAGGGAGCCACCGCCGCCGCCCGCAAGAGAUCCCGGCCGGAGACGGCCAACGGGGGCGCCGCUGGCGGGAAGCGCUCGAAAGACACGGAGUCAUUUCAAACUGGUCUAUCAAGCAAAUCAAAGCCUUGCACCAAGUUUUUCAGUACCAUUGGGUGCCCUUUUGGCGAGGGAUGUCAUUUUCUGCACUUCGUCCCUGGUGGAUACCUGGCAGUUGCAAAAAUGCUCAACCUAGGCAGCCCUGUUGUAUCUGCACCAGCAAGAGCUCCUGUGGAUCACGGCGCUGUUGCCAAUUCUCAUCCAGUUUCGACGGGCAAGACACGCAUGUGCACCAAGUACAAUACCGUAGAAGGCUGCAAAUUUGGUGAUAAGUGCCAUUUCGCCCAUGGCGAGAGAGAACUUGGCAAGCCAGCUUACAUGUCUCAUGAAGGCCCUCCUAUGGGUGGUCGAUUUGGAGGCCGACCUGAACCACCUCCACCGGCUGCCAUGGGCCCUCCAGCUGGAAGCUUUGGCGCCUCAGCCACUGCCAAGAUUAGCGUUGAUGCCUCUCUUGCCGGUGGCAUAAUUGGGAAGGGUGGGGUCAACACAAAACAGAUUUGCCGAGUUACUGGUGUUAAGCUCUCGAUUCGUGACCACGAGUCGGAUCCGAACCUGAAGAACAUCGAGCUGGAAGGCAAUUUUGACCAGAUAAAGCAAGCCAGCAACAUGGUGGGAGAUCUCAUCGCGACCAUCAGUGCCAGCAUGCCCGUGAAAAAUCCUUCUGGUGCAGUGGCACCAGCAGGCCGAGGUGGUGGCGGCCCUGGGGGCAGGAGCAACUACAAGACUAAGCUAUGCGAGAACUUCGUGAAGGGUACCUGCACCUUUGGUGAGCGGUGCCACUUUGCCCAUGGGGAGAGCGAGCAGCGGAGAGGUGCCGCUUGAGAGUUGAGCAACUCUAGGGCUCUAGGCUGUACUUAUAUGCAUCUUUGGCGACCUGCUUCAACUCUGCAUUAGCUACUGUGACUAUUCUCUUUGCAGCUCUAGGUGGUUAGACUGUUGCAUUACGAUUCUAAUGGAUUGUGUUUUAUAUUCAGUUUUUGAGGGGUAAGAAAUCGUUUCUCUGUCA